UCAAUGGAUCUUCCCAAUUUUGGGAAGAAGAAGACCUAAUCUGAGAAUUAAUGAUGGAUCCUACCAUAUCUGGAUCUAGUAAAACUUCGAUUUUCCCACUUCUCUAUCUUACCUCCAUCACUCUCUUCUUGUAUCUCCUCCAAACCCUAGUUUCUGAUCAUUUAACUCUCCGCAAUGACCGCAUCACCCUCAAGAAACAACCGGAUCUUCCACUGCGGUUCCGCGCCGACGGCACUUUCAAAAUACUUCAGGUGGCUGAUUUACAUUAUGGAAAUGGGAUUGUGACUCGAUGUAGAGACGUAUUGCCAUCUGAAUUCGAUACUUGUUCUGAUCUAAACUCGAUUCUGUUUCUGAAAAGAAUGAUUGAAGCUGAGAAACCUGAUUUUGUUGCAUUUACUGGGGAUAAUAUAUUUGGUUCAAGUGCAUCUGAUGCAGCUGAAUCUAUGUUUGAAGUAUUUGGACCUGUAAUGGAGUCUAGAUUACCUUGGGCUGCAAUUCUAGGAAACCAUGACCAGGAAUCUACAAUGACUAGGCAGGAGCUCAUGUUCUUCAUUUCUCUUAUGGAUUAUUCGGUUUCACAAACCAAUCCAUCAUCUAACAAUACCAUUGAUGGAUUUGGCAAUUAUAAUCUCGAAAUAUUAGGUCCUUCAGGUACUCAUUUGGCGAACCAGAGCAUCUUAAAUCUCUACUUUCUCGACAGCGGAGACAGGGCGAUUGUAGGAGGAAUUCGAACAUACGGAUGGAUUAAAGAAUCUCAACUCAACUGGCUCCAUGGCGUUUCUAAAUCAUUUCACCAGGAACAACAAAGAAUUGAAGAGGGUUUCUGUCCUCCCCCAGCAUUGGCAUUUUUCCAUAUUCCGAUAUUGGAAAUGCGUGGGGCGACGGACAUAGUAGGGCAUUACGCAGAAUAUGUUGCGAGUUCGAUAGUACAUUCUGGAGUUUUGGAGAGUUUUGUGAGGAUGGGAGAUGUAAAGGGUGUGUUCAUGGGACAUGAUCAUACUAAUGAUUUUUGUGGGAAACUUGGUGGUAUAUGGUUUUGUUAUGGAGGAGGAUUCGGCUAUCAUGGUUAUGGUAAAGCUGGUUGGCCGAGGAGAUCGAGGGUUAUAAUGGCGGAACUAGGUAAUAAGGGGGGAAAGAUUGGAGUGGAGAAGAUAAGGACAUGGAAGAGGCUUGAUGAUUUGAGAUUGAGCAAGAUUGAUGAACAAGUAUUGUGGGAAAGAUGAAGAAUUUGAUCUAAAAAACAAUUAAAUGCACAUGUAAUGUUUUUUACUUUUGAGUUAAUAGAUCAUAAAAGUUAUUUUCUAGUGUUAAUUGAUUAACUCAACUUCCCAUUUAUAUAAGGAAACCUAUAUUUAAGUCUUUUUUUUU